CUUAUAAACGAAGCGGAUCAAGAAUUAGCCGCCGCUAUAGAAGCGUUAAAGCAGCAGGACGCACUACGAGACCAACAUGAAGAUAAGCCAAAUGUACCGGAAAACGUUGAAGAUAAGGCAAGCGAAAUACGGGACCAAGGGCCCCCUCUUCUCCCCAAAGUGCUGCACAUCUACCUCCAACGUCUCCCGGAAGAUCUAAUUCACACGGCGAGGGGUCGUCGCAAGCUGGUCCGCAAUGCCAAAAUCUCCUCCGGGGAGGAAGAAGAAAUUAUGGAGGAGAAGAUAAGACCAGCUAAGCGACAGAGGACGGAGGCUCGACGGUACGGCGACCUUGUAGAACUUAAGACCAGCGAGAGCGACAGUGAUAUGGACGACGACAACGUCGCCAAGAUCAAUUUAAAGAGAAGAAAAGUUAAAAAGAAGGCAAGAAAGGCCAGAAAAAUAAUUGAGAGUGACGACGAUGAUGAUGAUGACAGCGACCAGAAGGAUAAGAAGUCGAGGGGCAAGGUCAAGACCAAGAAAGAAGACGACGAUACGUAUGACGAGGACGAGUCGGCUUCCUCCAACUCUUCCAACUCCUCCCACUGGUCUGGCACAGGGUACAAAAGAAGAGGAAAGUCGACUUGCUUCCCUCCCCCCAACCUCGUCCCCCUCAUCGUCCGACUUUGA